AUGUUGUCCCCGAGUAAAUCCAGAUCUCUGGCUGGUAAAACUAUAUCAUCUGGCGAUAGACAAUCAAGAGAUCCAGUUGUUCUCGAUCCAGUUGUUCCCGAGUUUAACCCAUAUCAUCUCCUUAAACAAUUUUUAGCUUCUAAAACCCUAGGCUUCACACCAAAUCCACCACCAGAUUUCUCCACCGUCAUACCAAAUCUCGCCUUGAAAUCUGCAAUUCUCAGUUGGUGUGAACGACGGUGUUUUCCACCGCCGAAGCCACUCGAUUCCGCCGCCGAGGAGAAGCUUAUACUCACAUUAAUUGAGAAAACACCACAAAGAAGAGUCUCUGUUUCAGAGAAAGAGCUUAUCAAAGCAAUCAAAGAUAAACCAUCAGUGAGACUUAACCACGCUGCGACGGAGCUUGACCGGAGACCUAACUACUUCAAUUCAAGCUCCGACGAGUCAAUAGCUUCUUCAAGCUGUACACUACAGUUAACAACUAAACCUAGUUGCUUCUCUUCACCUUCAUCUGGAGAAAUCGAAUCUUUAGAACCAAACCUAACUCCAGAAGAAGAAGCUUUACUAACAAAGCUUAAGAGUAAUCGAAUCUCAGAGAUUGAAGAAGCUUUGAUUUCGAUUCGACGCGUUACAAGAAUCGACGAAGGUUCAAAAAUCAGUUUAUGUACAACGAGACUAAUCUCUGCACUUAAGUCACUGAUUGUUUCGAGAUACGCGACGGUUCAGGUCAAUGUCACGGUGGUUCUUGUCAACUUGUCUUUGGAAAAAUCUAAUAAAGUUAAGAUCGUACGGUCAGGAAUCGUUCCACCGUUGAUCGACGUUUUGAAAUGCGGUUCUGUUGAAGCUCAGGAACAUUCCGCCGGAGUUAUCUUCAGUUUAGCUCUUGAAGAUGAGAACAAGAUGGCGAUUGGUGUUCUCGGAGGUUUAGAGUCGUCGCUUCAUUUGAUCCGAGUUGGUACUGAGUUGACUCGGCAUGACUCAGCUUUAGCUUUGUAUCACCUUUCUCUUGUACAGAGUAAUAGAGGGAAGCUUGUGAAGCUCGGAGCUGUUCAGAUGCUUUUGGGUAUGGUGAAGUUAGGAAGAAGAAAAAAUAAAUCGGGUCAAAAUCGGGUGAAGAAGAAGAAGAUUCGGGUCAAAAUCGGGUUUAAAUUUGGUUAAAUUUGAAUUAAAUCAAACCGGAUUAUGUGGUACCGGUUUAUUGGCCGGUUCAAUUGGAGGCGUAGUUUUAAGGAUGAAUCCGAAAGUACAUGUUGCAAUUGUGAGAAUUAUCUAAGUUUAUGGUGGAAUUUUCAGGGGCAAAAA